CCCUAAAGCGUGCCUGGCUUUCAAUUGGAGAGAAGGGGCGCCUCCGACCCGGGCGCACCCGGCUCUCCCAGCAGCCCAGCCCUCCCACUGUCCCAGGGAGGAGCCGUGAGACCCCCGGCAGGGCAGCUCUGGAGAGGCGGCCGAGAGCACAGCGGCUGGAGCAGAGGAAGCCUCAGACCCGGAGGGAGCUGGACUUGCUGGGGGAAACUCUACCGUGUCUGGCAGAUGGCAGUGUGAGGAUGGAGAGCAAGGACAUGGACAGCUAUCUGCGGCGCCUGAAGCAGGAGCUGGUGUCCAUGAAAGAGGUGGGAGAUGGACUCCACGAUCAGAUGAACUGUAUGAUGGGAGCCUUACAAGAGCUCAAACUCCUUCAGGUACAGACGGCUCUGGAGCAGCUGGAGAUCUCGGGGGGCGAUGGUCUGGGCCCUGCCCCCAGCUUCCUUCAGGGCUCCAGAAGCCCCCCAGAACCUUGCAGGUGGGCAGGCAGCCGGGGCUCAGCCAGGCCCAGAGCCAGCUCUCCCUGUGGUCCUCCUGGCUGUGGCAGCGCCACCAACCUCUCCUCCCAGGGGACUCACACUGGCAGGAACCUCGUGCCCCCUCCUAGGACUUGGGAGCCAGAGAGCCAAGGCUUCAUUCAGCGGAGGGUAGAGCGGGCCGAGCCGGACGACUGGACCUCCACUCUGAUGUCACGAGGCCGCAACCGGCAACCCUUGGUCUUGGGGGACAACAUCUUCGCAGAUCUGGUGGGCAACUGGUUGGACUUACCAGAACUAGAGAAGAAGGGUGGGGAGAAAGGGGAAGUUAGUGGGGCGGGUGGGGUGCCAGGGCCUGGAAGCCGGCCCCGGGAUCCAGGCCGAAGGUUCACCCUGACUGCCAACAUCUUCAGGAAAUUCCUGCGUAGCGUGCGACCGGAUAGAGACCGCCUGCUCAAGGAGAAGCCAGGCUGGAUGACCCCCACGGCCAGCGAGCCCUCCACUGGACGCUCCAAGAAAGUUAAGAAGCGGGGCCUCUCCAAGGGAGCUGGCUACUUCCCCUUCCACACCACUGGGGGCAAUGGACAGGGAGAGAGGCCGUCUUCGAGCUGCCCCAAGGCCCUGGAGCCCCCAGCCUCCGGCUUUGACAUCAACACUGCUGUGUGGGUCUGAGCCUUUGGCAUUUUUCACAGCAGAGGCCAGGCUGUGCUGGGUCAAGUCUAGACGGCAGAUGCUACCAGCCCCAGCUCUGAACUUUCUUUCAAAGCUCCCAGAGAAGUAAAAGGGAAGGGUGGGCAUCUCGGGAAGCUGAAGCCCCUCCGUACACUCACUCCAAGGAAAGCCACAAUCUCCUCCCAAUAAAAUUAGAGCUAAAUUGGGACAGUAGUGGGGGAAGUUGUGUGCAUGUGUGUGUGUCCACAUUAGGUUUGGGACAGAUAUCCCAAAGGGUGCCACUGGGGGAAUGUCCCUGGCAUUUACAUCAAUGCCCUAUAACUCACUUCUGAGGGGUCCAGUUGAGGAAGGAGGGGUGUAUCUAAUGUUACAAAACAGGAAAAUGAGAAUUGCUGAGACCCUCCCAAUAAAGACAUUCUCUUCAGAAACA